AGCGUCGACUCCCCCAAUGUGCAUGUCAGCAUCACCCAUUGCCUGCAAUGGCGUUGUCUAGCGAUGUGUAGAUCACGGCUUGAAGUGUCUCAAUAGGGCGACACAAUACUGGACUAUCGACGGGCUUGAAUGGAGAUGUCGUAUUCGAUGGGAUUUAUAACGAAAGCAGAGUAUGUUAUGUGAAUUUUUACGGGACUAUUUAAGUUGUGGUCAUUCAUCACACGAAGCAAUUAACGUGUCCAUUGCCCUAAAUGAAGUGUGAAAUCAAAUCACAGUGAUAAUCACACAGGUAGGGCACUCGCUGGAUGCUACAGUAAUAUAUGUGAGAUGAAGGCCCAGCGAUGCUGCUGAGAUCCCCUCCGCCUCCUCGCAUCUGACGCCAUCAUGCUGAAGACGGAGGCCUCGGGGGAGAGGACCACUCUCCGGAGCGCCUCCCCUCACCGCAACGCCUAUAGGACAGAGUUCCAGGCCCUGAAGAAGGCCUUCGACCAGCCGCCCCGGCAGGACGGCAAGGAGCCCCAGCUCAAGGACACCGAGCGGGUCACCCAGCGCCGAGGACGACAGUAUGGCGCACACGUCAGCCGCAUCAAGGACAUGUUCAUGCAGAUGCAGGGCACAGAGAGCACCGUCGCCGCCACUAGGCGGGAAGACCCAUCGCCUCAGAAGAUGACCAAGCCCACCAACUUCAUCAACAAGGCGGACGGCUCGGUCAUCAAGCUGACUCAGCACCCUACAGCAGACCGAACCAGUGCAGGGUCAAAGGUCAUAGAGACCAGGAGGCUGUUUGAGCAGCAGUCGCGCGACGCCUCCCAGUCACCCGUCUACUCCUACGGUCGGGAGAAAAGGGGUUCUUAUGAGCACUUGGACGAAUGGCGAGGGGCGCGCUCCAACAGGGGCAGCACAGACUCCCUGGACUCGCUGUGUUCCAGAACGGAAGCCCAGUCACCCACAGUGAGCCAGCUGAGUGCUGUGUUUGAGAACGUCGACCAACAGGGAGGGGGAGGAGGGGGCGAGGGUCCAUUCCGGCGAGGCUACCGAGGCCGGGCACUAUACUCCCCUGACAAUUCCCACCGGCACAGCGACGUCAGCGAAGACGACUCGCGCCAGUCCCCGGUGCCUGGCGGUGGGUGCAGGAUCCGCGUGGGGGGAAAAUUCCCCAUAUCCUCGUCCUCAGAGGACCUCCUCAGCCCCAGCCCGCUGUCAGAGGCAGUGGAGCUAAAACCCGUCCCGCAGCAGGAGGAGCCCCAGGAGAGAGAGGAGACAGUAGGGGAGUUAGGACAGAGGGACAGAGAGAGACAUCCAGUAAGGGCCACCACCUACGUAGGCGAGGUGAACGGAUCGUGUGAUGAGAAACAGGCGGAGGAAACCGAAACCUUCAGAGAGACAGAAGGAGUCUGCAUGGUCUCAAGGCCCACGACUGACACCAUUGUCGGGGACAAGACUUCUGAGGACACCCCUGAUACCCCAGCUACUCCAGCCACCCCAGCCAAGGAUGAAGCCCAAGAGGAGGCAGAGGCCCUUGGGGGGGAGGUGGAGAUGGAGAAGGCUUCCUCCAGGCCCAGGGUUUCUCCAGAGGACCAGGCAGAAGAGCCCAAUGAGGAAUACAGUGGGAACGAAAGGGUGAUUUUUAACGCGGACGGGGACGCGUGCUACCAGGGCUGGGGGGAGAGCUGUACUGACCCUGACGAUGACCUUUAUGGUGACGAUGAUGUCAUCUAUGACCCUGGGAAUGAUCUUACUGAGAUCCCUGGUCUACCAGAAGAAGAGAAGGAGGAUAUCCCUCAGAAGAGGAAACUACGCUUCAGCACCAAACCCAUGAUGGUGUUCAACACCUACUGUAAUGAGGACUAUGACAGGAGGAAUGAGGAGGUGGACCCGGUGGCCUCGUCAGCAGAGUACGAGCUGGAGAAGAGGGUGGAGAAACUGGAGCUGUUCCCUGUAGAGCUGGAGAAAGAUGAUGAUGGCCUUGGUAUCAGCAUCAUAGGGAUGGGAGUGGGCGCUGACGCCGGUCUGGAGAAACUGGGAAUCUUUGUCAAGACUGUCAUUGAGGGUGGGGCGGCUGAGAGAGAUGACAGUGUGUUGUGUCGUAGGAUCAAGGUGAACGACCAGAUUGUGGAGGUGGACGGCACCAGUCUGGUGGGAGUGACCCAGAGCUUUGCUGCCUCCGUCCUGAGGAACACCCAGGGAGUGGUCAGGUUUGUGAUUGGUCGAGAGCGUCCGGGCCAGGUGAGCGAGGUGGCUGCUCUGAUCCAACAGACUCUGGAGCAGGAGAGGAGACAGAGAGAGAUACUGGAGCAGCAGUAUGCCCAGUAUGCCCAGUACGAUGAUGAGACAGGGGAGUACGCCACUGAUGAGGAGGAGGAGGAUGAGGAGGCAGGGCCAGCUGCGGACAGGACCAGAGACGGGGAGGGCGACGGCGAGAAGAGCAUUGAGGUGUUUGAUUUGCCAGAAGCAGAUGACAUCAUUUCCCCCUCAGAGUUGGAUGCCACCAAACUCUACCAGAAGUUCAGAGAGCUGCAGAUCAAGCACACUGUCACCGAGGCAGAGAUACAGAAGCUCAAAAACAAGCUAGCAGCGGUGGACAGGGAGAAGGCGCGCUGGGAGAAGGAGAAGAGCCAGCUGAAGGCCAGCAUGGAGGAGAACAAGGAGAGGAUGCUGAAGCUGGAGAGUUACUGGAUCGAGGCCCAGACCCUGUGCCACACGGUCAACGAGCACCUGAAGGAGGCCCAGUGCCAGUACACCACCCUAGAGAAGAAGUACAACAAGGCCAAGAAACUCAUCAAAGAUUUCCAGCAGAAGGAGGUGGAGUUUGUCCAGAAGGAGGAUGCCGAAAGGAAGAGGCUGGAGGAUGCAGAGAAGUCCCACCUGGAAGAGAUCCAGGGACUGCAAGUCAGGAUUGCAGCCCUGGAGUUUGAGCUGAUGCAACUGAUGAAACAAAAUGGCAUCCAGGUGAACAACAACAACAACAGUGCCCAACAGAGUCCUGGGAAGGCCGGUCCUGCCAGAGAGAUGAGUGAGGCGCUUCCCCACGCUGGUAGCAGACAGAGACUCUCCAGAGGACUACUAUGGGACAGCAUCAGCUCUACAGAGGGAGAGGCAUCAGAGGGCCCUGGCAGUACUCAUUCGUCCAUCCGGAGUGCAGCCUCCAGUACUGUGGAUGAGUUCAGACCCUCCAGGGCCCCUGGCAGUGCUGAGGACUCCCCCAGACAUACCCUCCUCCAGCAGGCUGCAGACAACGACGGGUCUCAGUCUCCUGUGGUGUCCAGCCCCUCUCUCAGCCUGGAGGAGAAGACCAUCAGGAGAGGUCUGGACCCACUGACACGAAGCAAAGGGAAGGACCCCAGAAGCUCACCUGGAAACAGUUCUACAGAACCCUCUGCUGAGAAUAGCCCAGAGAAACUCAAGGCCAAGGGUCCUGUGGUGAAGGAGGAUCUGAGUGUCAGCAGUAGCAGCUCAGUGGAGGUUAGUGGUCUGCUGGCUGAAGCCAAGAUGUCCGGUCGCUCACACACCCUGGUGCUCUCCUCAGACGAGAGUCUGGAUAUGAUAGAUGACGAGAUCCUAGAUGAGGGCCAGUGCCCCAAGCAGCACCAGUGGCAGAACAUCAGUGUGAAAGAGUGGACCUCCCAGCAGGUGUCCCGCUGGCUCAUGGGACUAAAUCUGGAGCAGUACAUCCCAGAGUUCACAGUCAACAAUGUGGACGGAGACCAGCUACUGCAGCUGGACAGCACUGAGCUCAAGACGCUUGGCGUUGCCUCCUCCCAGGACCGGGCUCUGAUCAAGAAGAAGGUGAAGGAUCUCAAGGUCCUGAUGGAGAAGGCUCGGCGGAACCGGCAGAAACUGGACAAACGGCGAGCGAAGCUUCGCAAGAAAGAGCUUGAGCAGCAAAAGAAACAGGCCCACAAACCCAGCAACGAGGGCCACUCCGAAACAGCAGGGGGCACAGCAGAGUAACCCACGCCUUUAACACCUACCUCUCCUUGUCUUUCUACCAACCACCGCUACCAAGUAACAUCUCCAGGGAUAGAAACAGUCAGCAGAAACACUGAGCUGAACACCUAACAGGGCUUGAGUUCAGGCUGUAGUGGUGGAGGCUGUCGAGCUACUGUACCACCAAACAGAUGAUACCAAAAUGAGCAGACAGUUGGAUAGUAAAGAUGCUGCCCACCCACCUGCCUCUCACCUCAUUGUACAUCCUCGUAGUGUUUCCAAACCUCCUGCUCCAUGACGUUUGAUUUAUUUUGGUGUAAUUUAGAUGUAUUUAUUCAUUCUGAGUAUCUUUUAAAAAGUCAUAUCACAUCUGUCCGUGUUCUUCCUCUUUCUAUGAUUUGUUAUAUAAAACACCUUUAGACAUAAUGAAAAAGUAGUGAAUGUACAUAUAUGAUAAUAUAUAGAUAAAUAUGUCUAAUGUGCCAUUUUUUAUAUAGAGAACAUGUUUAUCCUGUGCAGAUAGCUAGAUGGAUUUAUGAAAUCUGAUCUCUCCUCAUAGCUCUGAUGAAGCACAUUACAUAUUGUAGAAAAGGCCUGUGUAGUGGAUGUUGGUAGAUCUCACCACUAGGGCCCAGGCCUGCUGCUCGAAUCAUACCACUGGGAGAAUGACAACAACACUGGAACUACUCAAGAGGAACUCAAGUCUAUUGAGCAGACAAGUUUCAAGACUUAGUGGAAUAAGAACCAAGCCUGUGGGAGGAACAAGAAGUAUUUCUGUUCUUUACUGGAACUACACUGGAGGUCCCAACGCUGGAAUUUCAACUACUGUAUGAACUAAACCCUUUACUCUGCAUACAGUAAACCUGCCUCUGUAUCGUAUUAGAGCACUUCACGCUAUGAAUGACUAAAGACUUAGUGAGUCGGCUGAUUCCUCUUUGUGUGAAGUGAACAUUUCCAUGAAUUUUUAACAUACCAAACCCUGCUCCAAAAACAUGAUGGUGAGAUUUCAAGAGAAGAUCCUGAGUUAUGCAUAAUGUCCCUUCUUUACCCUCCGCCUGUAACCUGCUUUCAACCUCUAGUUGAUCUAAAUAACUAAAGUAAUUCCCAACUGCUGCCUUUUCAUAACGCCACCCGCUUUUACCCGAGUGUUAAAAUAGAGUGAGACGACAUUUAGUCAUCCAUUAUUCUAUUUUAUUUCCCAAAUGUCUCUAAGCUGGCAAAUAAGAUGACCAUGCCGUCAUUCUUUUGUGAUUUUAUCUUUUCAGAUGAUUCUCUUUGCGUUGUAUGCCCUGGGAUAACGCAAAGCCUCUUUGGUUAGAAUUCUCAGAACAGGGAGUAGUAUUUACCCCACUACCUGGGUUUAUUGGUUUGUUUAUUUGUUUGUUUAUUUGGAUCCCCAUUCGUUUUUUCCGAAGCAGCAGUUACUCGUCCUGGGGUCCACAAAAAAAACACAAAACAUGACAAGUAACAAAAUACUGACACACUGAUAAACAGCAACAGUCACACACAUUUGAAAUACAACGACACACAAACAAUACAGCAACAAAAUAAGACAAACAACAAAACUAAACUGAAACAUGAAGAAAGACACAAAAUCAAAAGAGAGGGUUGUAUUUGUGUACAGGUUCAUUACAAGUUCAUCAUGACUGGGGCCCUUGGUCUCGCCGCAGUACAUACACGAUUACAAACAUUGCACUAGAUACAUGCACGCAAUACAGUCCAACCACUUUGGAUUUUAUAUCUCAAUGUUUCUUAAUAGAUACCUUUACAUUUUUUAAAUGACAUGGACAUAGUUGCUGUAAUGAUGCUGUAUGCAAUAUGUCUUUUGAAUAUAUGUCAGUCAUUCUGUUCUAUUAUCUUACCCAGGAAUCAUCAUUUGGUCAUGUUUACAUACAAUGUAUGGCCAUUGAAAUGUCUCCAUGACGGUGAUGCUACUGUUGUUGCAACAGAGUAGGGUGAAGUUGCCCCUUGACACUGAUCUUGUGUCAGUUUUGCAUUUCCCCCGCUAAUGGUUAAGGUUAGGAUUGGAGGAGGAGAAUCUGAUCCUAGAUCUGUACCUAGGGCAAACUUCACCCCGGAGCCUGAUGCAACAGAAACAUGUAAGGCAGCUUUGGAUACAGUAGUUCCCAUCCCUGUUAAAGGGAUAGUUCACUCAAAAACAAAACACAUCAGCGUCACAGUUUCUACUCUGUACUGAAAGUGCUCUAUCUUGAAAACGUGACUGCUGACACGCACAAUUCUGUGGGAUUGUGCUAACUAACUAAUGAACAAAAUGCUAAUGGAUAGUUUUUCAGUGAACUGUCCCUUUAAAGAGACAUAAAUAUGAUAGUACCAUACAAUGCCACUUAGAUUACACCGGUAUUAAUGUUUAUUUGAUAUUAUUUAGUAAUUGUUAUGCUAAAAACAAAGCAUUUUGGCUAUUGUUUAUAAUAACUUAUGCAACAUUAGAGUAUUAAUGCAUAAUUAUAAUAUCGAGAAAUUGUAUGAUUACCCUUUUGCCAAAAAAUUCUAAAACAAAUGUUCAUAAAAUGUUGUAAAAAUGUAAAUGAUCAUCAAAUCGAGUGAUUACCGAGGCUUGAAAUUUGUAUGUUAACCCGAUUUAGGGCUCUAUUCAAUCCGUGGCGCUGAACAACCGCUUUAUAGUGCGGUUGACAAUUAAAGGCAAUGUUCCCGCAGUCGCGGAGACUGCAUUCAUGGUAAACGCUGCAUAUGUCAGAUCAAUCGGAAAUUGCCUUAACAUCACGCGGAUCUUCCGCAAUACUUCGGCGAUACGGAUUGAAUGCAGCCCUUAAAUCCAGCCCUUAAAUUGCAUAACCUGAGCAACAACAAAAAAUCCCCUUCCUCUUUCGUUGUGAUUGUAGUUGCAGCGUCCUUCCUGUCACGUUACCCCACUGCUACUCUUAUAACAGAGCGUCUGGGGUUAUGCUACAAUGAAACCCUUUUCUAACACUUCUCCAACCUAUUCCCAACGCUCAACCACCCAGUUUACCAUUGGAUAGCACUCUAUGACUUUUGUAUGUACAGUAAAAGCUGAAAGCAAUAUGUUGUAUUAACCCUGAAGAAGCCUUGUUUUCUACUGUGUCAGUAUGCUGCCUGUGUACAGUUUAUGUGACCUUUGUGGCUGUGGCUGGGGUUGGGGCUGUGGCUGGGGUUGUGGCUGGUGUUGGGGUUGGGGUUGUGGCUGGGGUUGGGGUUGGGGUUGUGGCUGGAGUUGGGGCUGGGGCUGGGGCUGGGAGAGAGAGAUAAUCAUGACUGAUAGGCUAGCUGUGCUUCUUUUUCCCCUCGCUUUCCUUUUUUCUCAUUUUCUUGCUCUCCCUCGUUUGCAUUCUGAAAAAUUGAAAGGGCAACUAUCUGUCCAUGAAUAACAUGGAACCGAGUCGCUGGAUCAGAGUCACUGGAUCAGAGUCACUGGAUCAGAGUCACUGGAUCAGAGUCACUGGAACAGAGUCACUGGACAGAGUCACUGGAACAGGGUUACUGGAUCAGAGUCACUGGAUCAGAGUCACUGGAUCAGAGUCACUGGAUCAGAGUCACUGGAACAGAGUCACUGGACAGAGUCACUGGAACAGGGUCACUGGAUCAGAGUCACUGGAUCAGAGUCACUGGACAGAGUCACUGUCAUUGUUCUGUUGUUUUCCUUCUCCUUUCUACUGUGUUGCGUCUCAUGCAGUCAUUACAUGGCAUUGUUUUCUCCAAACCAGUGCUAGAACUGGUUUUUCUAUUUCUAUUUUUUUGUCAUGUCCUUCUCUAGCUCUGGUCCAGGGCGUUAGUGCACGUUCGGAGGCAGAGGCAACUCGUUGUUGUUGUCGUCGCGAUGAACCAGAGCUAGUCCUUUUCUACCUGUAUAAAGAACCCCAGGUACCAUGAUGAUGACUAUACAGAGUCCCAGUAGCAUUCUCAAUAUGAACUCCUUAUUUUAGUGGUGAAUCAGGUGACUUUGUCUGGGGCUACGACAACAAUGUGUGCUGUUGGGGAUAAGGGAGGACUGGAGUUGGGAACCACUGACCUAUAAAGGGUGCCAUCUUGGAUGCACAACGUAGCCUCUACUACUUAUGUUAAAUAAACCCCUCCAGAUGAGUUGAA